AUGGCUAUCUUCAUUCUGCUAUCGUUCCUCAUUAGCCCAAUAGUGAGCUUCCUGGGCAAUCCUAGCCGUGAAAUGGCACUUAUAUUCGUUAUAAUGGUGGUAUUCUUCUACAAUUUGAAGUCUACCGAGAAUUAUUUCGAGCUUCUACAUGUUACUCCGCAUCAUUCAGUUGACGCAAUAAAGAAGUCUUUCAAAAGUGAAGCUCUGAAUUUACACCCGGAUCGUAAUGCAUCAAAAACAGCGUCACGGCAAUAUGUAACACUGGCUUCUAUAUACAAAACCCUUGUUAACGAUGAGAAGCGAGAGGCCUACAGCAGAUACGGUGAUUUAUUCCAGGCUCCUUUAGAUAAACUUAUCGAGAUGAACCCUUCCGACGUCUUGUACGUGAUCCUGAUGAACACGGCCAGCGGUUUGAUUGGCAUGUUUAUCACUAUCAUGGUACACGGUGGUAGCGUGAUAAACACAUCCGCUCUUUUGUACGAAUUGUUCUGCUUUGCCCUAGAUGUAUAUUUGCGCUUUGCUCCUGAUGCAAGUAACUUCAUGGCCGGAGUACCCAUCCUUCGCUACUACACCAUUUUCGAGCUUAUAGCUUUCCUUCGAUCAUUUCGCGUGCUCUUUAUUUAUUAUUCUAACAUCCUGGAAAGCGAUUCUGUUGAACUACCUAUGAAAUCUGGCACCUCGAUUCUGCGGAACAACAUUCUAGCCAUCGAAACUUUAGACGACUACUUGGCAAAUAUGAACAUUUUGGUGACCUCUGAGGUCCCUUUAUCUGACCAAGACAUUGCUUGGCGUGGCCAGGAUAGCGUAGGUGAGGACUAUGAAAAGCGGUGGGAAGAAGAAGUAAAACACUCCUCUGAAGGAUCAAAAUUUUACGAUGAGGAUCAUAUAGAGACGAUUUGCGGCCGACGUGACAGACGUAACAUUCUGUGGUUCUCAUGGAACCGUGGCCCGCUCAAGCGUCUACUGAAAAGAGUGGUUGAUAUCCGAUAG